CAAGGCGGGCAGCCGGGACUACAAGCCAGAGGAAUACUGCCGCCGCUUUAGCUCCGCCCUCUACGAAAGGGACAGCUCGCCGCAACUUUUCUUAUUGAUUAUGAACAUCAGCACGUCCUAAAAUCUGCCACAUUAGGGAUUCCAGUUGGAGCGUUCCAUAAUAAUUCUUCAAGCUCAUACAAGUCUUCUUUCUGCCCUCUGUCAAAGAAUCUCAGACUUCACAAUGGCUUCAGAAGCUGCACCCAAGGUGCCAGUUUACUCUCCAAAUGACCUCAAAUCAACAACAGAUGACGCCCUAGUGCCGUACUUAAGCACCCUCCCCCAACCCUAUACCUUCGCCCAAGACCACUUCAAAACCAAUGUCCGAUUCCUCUUGGGCUACAGUGCCGUCGCAAUCGCAGGAUUCACAUUUUACGCGGAUCGCAAGCUAGGAUGGGAAGCAACACAAUCAACAUGGGUCUUUGCGGCCGUGGCUUCAUACUUUAUUCUCAACUCGCUGCUCACAUACUGGAUCUGGGCUGUUGAAGCGAGCGAAGUAUUCCGGGGAAAGCGCAAGUCGGGUGAAACGAUCUCAAUCCGCUCCUCUGUCAAGAAACAUACUCCUCUCUACAAGCUCCGCAUCCAAUACAAGUCCGCAUCCAAUGCAGUCAUCGAAGAGAAAGAGAUCGAAGCUCCGUUUACGGUUUGGUUUUCGAAGGAUGGAGUUUUCCACCCGGAGCCGUUUCGAAAUUGGCUUGCAAAGGAGAUUGGCGUGCUACGGGAGGCAGCUCGGGAAACUGAGAAGAAGACCAGUGGCGUGGCAAGUGUUGUUGGUGUGCAAGGGGCUGACAGUCAAUCAUCCAAAGACACCAAGAAGAGAAAGUAGCCAGAUAUAGUAUCUACUCCAGAUUGAGCAAAAAUGUGUGUGCUUAUGUUCAAAUGUGUGCUCUUUGAUUUAUAGCUCUCCUGUUGCUUUUCAGUCAAAUAUUUGCCACAGAAUUUUUUUUCUCAUAAAGAGUAGCAUAGGUGUGAGCAACGGGUAGCAUUCAUAUAUUCAUUUAUAUAUUUAGUUUAUCUAUCUGCUUCACCGGUCUUUUAGCUGUUCAGGGCAGAGUCGACAGCACUAAUUCAUAGGUACAGCAAUAUUCCAAGUUCUAAGGAAGCUGGGGAUAAAUAUGGGGCAAAAAAAAAAUAAUAGAGAAUGUUAGCAACAUUAAGGAACAAACAAGAAAUUCUAUGGCUGGCUCUGCUUUAUAUCAUCAUCUUUCACUU